AUGGAUUUGAUACGGAGGGCCACCAAGGUGGCUCCCAGCAAACCUCCUCUACAGCUUCCUCUCGAUGAGAAGAGGGAUUCCAAACACAACAAACCUGUCGACUCCCGCAUGGCCUUUUUCCGCCGACCGCUGCGGUUAAAGGGGAACUCAACAAUCUCUGUACCUUUGGGCGUGGUCAUCUUUUUCCCUAUGCUUGUUUUAAUCCUUAUUUUUAUUCUCUUCGUCAGCCAUCCCAGUUCGCCAGGGCAUUUCCUUAUACCAGGAGGUGCUCCCCCCAAGAUGCGGAAAAUCAGCGAAAAAUACGACAAGGUGUUCGUCGAGGGCUGCGCCCAGCCCGACACCAGCAAACCCCGAGCCAACGCUGCGUUUGUGAUAUUAGCGCGGAACAAGGAGAUCGACGGUGUGCUACAAUCCAUCAAGUCCGUCGAGAGACACUUCAAUCGAUGGUACCACUAUCCUUAUGUGUUCCUCAACGACGGCGAUUUCGAUGACAACUUCAAGGAGGCUGUUAGGAAUCAUACAUCAGGCGAAGUCGAGUUCGGAAAGGUUGGACCGGAUAUGUGGGGUUUCCCCGAUUGGAUCGAUCCCAAGGUAGCUUCAGAGGGCAUUGCCAAGCAGGGUGAUGCUGCCGUCAUGUACGGAGGUCUGGAGAGCUACCACAAGAUGUGCAGAUUCUACUCUGGUGAUCCCUUUCAGAAGAUGAUCGAACAGAACAAAACAUAUGGCUUCACAAUUGCUGUCAAAGAACUUCGCGAGACCGUUCCCAAUAUUUUUCGGUACGCCUCCGCCUACAAGCGACUUAACAACAUCACAUCCAAGGGCCUGUGGGAAAUGUUUGUCGAACCGCCGGAAGACGACGACGACGAUACUGCUAAGGACAGUGAUACUUCCCCGCCCGAGAGGAGUUUCUGGGACACUCUUACAGGAAAGAAGGGAAACGGUGUCGAUCCCGAGUCAAUGGAGGGAGAGGCCUACAACAUGUGUCAUUUUUGGUCUAAUUUUGAAAUUGCGAAGCUCAGCUGGUUCCGCAGCAAGGAGUAUCAGGACUUCUUUCAAAUGAUGGACCGGAGUGGUGGCUUUUGGAUGGAACGAUGGGGCGAUGCUCCUAUUCACUCCCUUGCCGCCGGUGCUCUGCUCGGGCCGCAGGACAUUCAUUACUUCCGAGACUUUGGAUAUCGCCACACUACCAUCCAGCACUGUCCCGCCAAUGCGCCAGGCAAGCAGCUCGCACGUGAGCCCUACCUCGAGAAGACAACGUUCCCUGAGUAUAAGCGAUUCGAGGAAGAUGAUUACUGGGAGCAGUGGGAUGAUGUGCAAGAGGGCGGUAUUGGCUGCCGCUGCCGAUGUGAUACGGAUGUUGUGGAUGUUGAGGGCAAGGAAGGAUCUUGCCUCGCUGAAUGGGUCGACGUUGCUGGCGGCUGGGCUCAUCCAUACUAA